AUCUGCUUUUUUCUUUCUCAAAUUGAUUUAUGUUCUUGGGAGUGUACGCGUGUGAUUUUAUUAUUUCUUGUAAAUAUUCCUAGUAUUUCAAGUAAUAUAAGAGAUUUCCAGGUUUUUAUUCGAUAAAUAUAUAGUUAUUGAACUUGUCCACAACGAGUUCCAGGUCGGAACAGUUGUAUAAUGCAAGAGAAAAUUAUGUUAAAGAAUUGGAGGGUGCAUUUCAUAAAAUCAUGAACAAUAACAUGAGUGCGCAACAAAGCCCGGCUCAAACAAGUAUGCAAGCGGCAGUCGAUAGAGAAAAAGUGUACACCUGGAUUUUGGAGCUAUGUAAUCCUGAAAGUCGCGAAAAUGCUCUAUUGGAGUUAAGUAAAAAACGAGAGGUGGUGCAGGAUUUAGCUCCUAUGUUGUGGCAUAGUUUUGGGACUAUCGCUGCUUUAUUACAAGAAAUCACCAACAUUUAUGUUGCUAUGAUACCUCCUACCCUUACAGCUCAUCAAAGCAAUCGUGUAUGUAAUGCUUUAGCUCUCAUGCAAUGUGUAGCUUCCCAUCCAGAAACCAGAUCCGCUUUCUUGCAAGCUCAUGUACCACUGUUCCUUUACCCUUUUCUUCACACUGUGUCCAAAACUCGCCCUUUUGAAUACCUGCGCUUGACCAGUCUAGGUGUCAUAGGAGCCUUAGUAAAGACAGAUGAACAGGAAGUUAUUACGUUUCUUUUGACAACAGAAAUCAUACCCCUCUGUCUCCGUAUCAUGGAAAAUGGCUCAGAACUCUCAAAGACUGUGGCCACAUUUAUAUUACAGAAAAUCUUAUUGGAUGACAGUGGCUUAUGCUAUAUAUGCCAAACAUAUGACAGAUUCUCUCAUGUAGCGAUGAUACUUGGUAAGAUGGUGUUGUCUCUAGCGAAAGAGCCAUCAGCACGUUUGCUGAAACAUGUUGUUCGCUGUUAUCUCCGUUUGUCCGACAACCCAAGAGCUAGGGAGGCUCUGAGACAAUGUCUUCCAGAUCAACUUCGUGAUGCAACAUUCACGUCAUGUCUUCAGGAGGAUAAUUCCACUAAGCAUUGGUUGGCGCAGCUGAUAAAGAACUUGGAAGUUCCACCACAACCUGCAAGCCCAGCACAACCAAACAUGUACAAAACCAGGUGAAACACUUAUUUUGUACGCAGGUGUAGUGGACUGGAUUAGAAAUACACUUUUACAACAUUA